UAAUGUUAUCGUUUGCUAUUUCUGUUCCCGAGGUGAUUCAAACGGCAGAGCAAAAUGUGCUUACUUCUCGGACCUUUAGGAGUCGGAAAAACAAUGAUUUUGAAGCGGCUACAAGUAUAUUCUACGAAAGGUUCAUUUGACAAUCUGAAUGAUGCUCCGUCAACGAUAGCAACGGUUGGGACAAACCUAACCAAUGUCCAACUCAACAAGAAAAACGAGGUCAGAGUGAGAGAGCUGGGAGGCAUGAUGGCCCCCAUCUGGCCAAACUACUUUGCUGAUUGUUCAAUAGUUCUGUAUGUAGUUGAUGUAUCCAACUUGUCCCAGGUAUCCAGUGCAUGUAUCCAGCUUCUCCAUGUACUCUCUGAUCCCAGACUACAGACUGCUUCCAUCUUGAUCAUUCUCAACAAAAGUGACCUCCCUCCUCCAAUGAGCAUCCAACAGAUCAGGUCCCUGCUUCACCUGGAAGACCUGGCAGUCUCGGCCAAUCAGAGGAUAGAUGUGCUAGAGGUCAGUGCACUCACAGGUCAAGGUUAGAUGAGGUUGUGAGGUGGCUCAACUCCAAUGUCAAGGGAUGAGAUACUAGUAGUAACAUGUUCUGGUCGAUAGUUACAUGUCGUACUUCUAUGAUAUAUAUCUUUCAUUCUGUACACAAAGUUGGCUGUACUGUACGAACUUCUGGUAAGUCGUGAAAAGGGCUGUUCUAGAAGAGAGAGACCCCUGCACCAUCCUGUUGUUGACAUGAUUCAUCUCAUUAUGUUCAUAUCAUCACAAAUCAACAGCAAAAAGUAAUCUGUAUCUUUAUGGCAUGUAUUAUCUAAAUAUAUAUUGAAAUGACAUUUAUUAUUUACUGAUUGCUGCAUUCAUGUUGGUUGCUUUAGUGUCAAAAUUUCCCUUUUUGAAGGAGAACUCUAGUUUAACCUCUUGCUUUUAAAGAUAAUGUUGAGUACUAGUCAGACAAUUGCUUUUGAUUGAGGAGGCGCGAUAGCUCAGUUGAUAGAGCAGUGGCCUCGUAAUCCGGCGACCCGGGUUCGAAACCAAGGCCAUGCGCUAGUGCCCCUUGGUAAGGCAUUCAUCCUCAUUACCAGGUCUUUCGGAGAGAACCGAAAGCCGUCAGUCCUCUGGUUUCUUACUAACGAGCAUUUAUGCUUCCUUAGCAGUCAGGUAAAUUAACAACCACUACAAAAUAAUUGACUUAAAGAUAUUCUGAUUUGUAGAAAUGAAGACCAAAUUCUGAAGAAUUGUACAUCUUGGUUUUCUCUGCAUUCUAAAAACUGAAGGUGAUGCUUUGUAUCGUCACAAAAGUACAAUGCUGCAAAUUGCCCCUCAAAAUCAUUCUCGGUUCAGUGCACGCAAAUCAUUUGAGUUUGCGAAUGACGGUAAAUAAAUCUUCACUGCAAGCCUCGGUCAAUCCGCACUGCCUAUUGACUGAUAUUCUGCAUCAUUAAUCUUUAGUUUUGAUACGCCAUCUUGGCUUGAAUAAUGUGUUACUGUGUUUACUCAUUAUGUAUUCUAUUUUUCUUAAUUAAAGAAUUUAUAUCGACAACUUACUUUUCCUUGGCAAAAGGGAGAACUUGAAUCGACAAAUUUGACAGAAUGCUACUGAAACUUGAAAUGGAAAGGAGUUACUUAUUGAAUUGCUGCUUACUACAAAGUGUAUUAAUAUCACAAUGACAGAGGAAUUGGGGGGGGGGGGGGGGGAGGUGUGCAGGCUUCAGCCAAUACAGACAGGCCACAGCAUUUAUAGAUUCAGGAACAUAGUAAUAUUAUAACUAUUUACUUGUAAGAGAGUCAAGAGAAUUUAGAAGCAAACUGCAUUGGUCCAAAACAGACUUGAUGAUCAUGUGUCAGUACAGCAUCCAUUGAGUUAUAAGCAAGAAACUUUGGCGUUAAGAAAAAUUAUUUGACUUCCAUUUUCAUUUCAAAACUCCAAUUAUUUUUUAACUUCAUCUUUCCUUACAUCUAUGUGGUACAGCUUAAAUCUUUUCUGUGAUGUGAUCUUGUCUUGAAAAUUACAAACGCUUCCUCGAUCCUUCUGUGAAUUUGUGAAAAUAUGGAUCCAUACUUCUAUUUGUGUGUUGUAAGCAGUAGAACUAUGUGCAAUAGUAAUAACAGUUUUUAAGUCGUAUUUAUUGAAUAUUGUGUAUAUUUGUUAUAGACAGUCAUUUUUAAGUAAAUAUUAUUUUAGAUAAGAAAUAUAAUGUUUGUUAAUGUUGUACAACAUAUUAUAUUGAAUGUAAUAUAAAUAUACAUGUACCACAGGUAUGUAUUAUGUAUAUCUUGAGUGAAAGACUUUGGAAACAUUUUAUGUUGUUUAUGUACUUUUUUGUCAAAAAUUGCUGUCUCUCCUGAUUGCAUUUACAGUGGUACCUGAAUUAAAAUUAAUCUUCUUCUUUAACAUGGCGAUGACAGUUGGCUAGGGUACAAGGAAAGUUACUGUUGUUCCCAAUUAGAAUCAUAUAUAAAUGGUAAUGUCAAAAUGUAACUUUGUGCUAAUAUUUAGAACCAACAUGGUUAAAGAAGACCAGAUGGAAUGGCUUUAUCCCUCAACCACAAACAUGACCAGAGGCGAUGCAGGAU